AUGCGGGUAGUCUGGCAGAUCGCCGUCGCCAUGGCUAUUACAGCCAUUUCUUCCGUAACAGGUGACUGAAUUCUACCUGUAGCAGUCUAACUCUAAUCAUUUCCAGCUGCGCCACGGAGGCAUAAAGUUGACGACGAACCCGUCGUUGGGAGGUUCGACGUGAAGAGCCCGAGCAGCAUGUUGGACAAACACGGAGCCAUCGGCGAGCUCAACAUCGACGGCGCACAAUCGAAAGCAGUUGAGAAAGAGGAGGAAUUCAUUCGGCGGCCAACGGCUCCUUUCAAGCCUCGAUCUCCAUCCGCUCCUUUCAAGCCUCGGUCUCCAACUGCUCCAUUCAAGCCAAACUCUCCAACUGCUCCAUUCAAGCCCAACUCUCCAACUGCUCCACGCCGACCUGAUGCUCCAACAGCUCCACUCAAGCCUAAUGCGCCAACUGCUCCACGCCGGCCUGAUGCUCCAUUCAAGCCUGUUCGUCCCGUUGCUCCAUCCUCUCCAUUCGGUCCUGAUUCUCCAUCAGCUCCUUCCAGCCCUGAUGCCCCUUCGGCUCCUUCAAGUCCCGAUGCUCCAGCGGGUCCAGAUGCUCCAUCGGCUCCAGCAAGCCCAGAUGCGCCAUCGGCUCCAGCAAGUCCUGAUGCUCCAUCGGCCCCAGCGAGCCCAGACGCUCCUUCAGCUCCUGCCAAGCCAGAUGCUCCUACCGCUCCCGCCAAGCCGGAUGCUCCUUCAGCUCCUGCCAAACCAGACGCUCCUUCCAAGCCAGACGCUCCUGCCUCUCCCAAAAAUCCAUUUUCUCCAGCUAAAACCAAUCAACCUGAGGCAGCAGUCUUACCAGCUGCAGACAGCGGUCAGGCUAAAGCCGAUCCGGCUCCCUCUAAAUCUUCCAACAAUGCCAACUCUGCUGUUAAUGCUGGAUUCGGCAGUCUCGCUGCUCUGGGAGUCGACACCAGCGGCAUGACGGUUGAGGAGAGCAGCUCUUCUUCGGGAAGCGAAUCGAGCUCGGCCAAGCAGUUUGCCUCUGCCACAGUCACUGAGAUCGACGCUACCGGCCACGUGAAGACAAGCAGAAAACACAGCGAGGCAGGAUCAGCUUCCAAUAAGGCUCACCAAGACGCGGAUCAUUCUAACGUCAAGUUCAACGCCGACGGCAGCAAAUCGAUCAGUCAUCAGGAAAGCCACAAAAACUCCGCUGACAAGAACGCUUACCGCAAGGCCUCCGCUGAGCUAUUGACCCGUGAUGCCGAUGGAAACGUCCGGAACACGAGACAGGAGAGCGGCGCAAGCAGCUCAGACAAACAGGCCAGCCAGAGCGCCCUCGACUCGCGCGCAGCCAUCGGAGCCGACGGAAGCAUCAAGAAAAUCGAGAAGAAGAGCGGAGCUUCGUCGAAGAGUAGUAACGCCGAAGAAACUGCAAGAAGCUCCGAUCUCAUCAAGAAAUCUGACGGCAGCGUCACCCGAUCGGUCGCCGAGAGCGGCAAGAAAUCUUCGAGUUCUGAUGCCGAAAAUCACGCCUCUGCUACGGACUACAGCCGUGACGCCAGUGGAAAGGUCGUCUCAAAGGAGCAAGCUAGUAAGGCGUCCUCUCACAAGGCCGACGCUCUAGCCAGGGCUUCGAAGAGAACUAGCCAGAGAAGUGCGGACGGUGUCGAGUCGGUUAACGAGAAGAACAGCGAGCAAGGCUCCAGCGUGAACACUGCCAACCAAGAAAGCAUCGCGAAGGACCUCGUCGCAGACCAGAACGGCAACGUGAAGACUACCUACGCUCGCAGUGGAGCGCAAUCCAAGGACAGCAAAGCCUACGACAAGAGGAACGACAAAACGACUCGCCGUGGGGCCGAUGGCACCGUCACCGUUGAUGAGGCCGCGUCCAACAAAGAGUCGAGGGACAGAUCGGCCAGCAACAACGCCGCCAAAGGAAGCAUCGUCCUGAAUGCUGAUGGAAGCUCCUCUGUUCUGGAACAGAAGAGCGGCGCCGAAUCCCACGACAGCACUCGGAACAGCGACGCCAGCAAGACCAGCAGCAGUGUUGGAGUCGACGGCAAAAUCAAUUACAAGGAGCAGAAGAGCGGCGCCAAGUCUCACGAUUCUGGAGCCUCGACCAACGCCAUCAGAAGCAGUGCCAAGAAGGAUAAAUUGGGAAACACCGUCGUCUCGGAAGACAAGAGCGGCAGUUCGUCGCAUAAGAAGGAGGCUUCGAACUCUGCCUCCAGCAAGAGAUUGUUCAAGGAUGGAGAUAAGGUUAUUUUGAAGUUUAUUGGGUUCAAAAAACUCAAAAGAAAAAAUAGCUUUAAAAAGUCAGUAAUUCGUAUUGAAGAAAGGGAAAAUGAGAGUCGGAAGGCAUUUCAUGAAGCUUUUUCCUGCCAUUCUAAGAUUACUUGAUUAUUUCUAAAAAAAAAAACAGUUCUGAAAAAUCAGCAACUUUCCUAAAGACGAACUUUUUUCCAAUUUUCCAGAUAUUAAAACCUGAAAAGAUGAAUGGUUCAGAAUCAUCUUGAAAUCUUUUGCUACCUGAUAUUGAAAACUCUGAAGCUUGACCUGUCAUUCGACCUCGUUUCCUCACUCCCAAGGUUGUAGAAACAUGAAAAUAGUUCAGAAACAAAUGAUGACUCAGAAAAACAGAAAAUAGACUAUCUCAGGUUUUGGCAGCCCGUUUCAUAAUUGAUUCGAUUUGCAGGUGUUCCUGCAGGAAGAUCGAAGCGGAGCUCAAUCCAGCCACACCGACGCCGAGGCACACGCCUCGGCCAACAAGCUGGAGAAGGACAUCUACGGCGGCAAGAAGCUGACGUCGUCGAACAGCAGGCAGAACUCCCAGUCGGACAAGGCUUCUGAGGCGGCCACCCACCAGAAGAUGCAGAAGGACGGCGCCAAGGUCGUCAUCGAGAAGGCGGAGAGCGGAAAGCAGUCGCAGUCGGCCCACGCCGAGGCCAGGGUCAACAGCAAGGUCCUCCAGGAAACCGCCGACGGCAAGAUCCGGAUCGCCGAGCAGCACAGCGGAAACGAGUCGCAGACCCACUCGGCCGACCAGAAGGCCCACAAGAAAGUUUUCCAUUCUGGAUAA